CAGCUUAAAGGAGCCGAGUCUCUAUCGUCGUGGUCUGGAGGGGCCUCGUUGUGAGCUCCUCUCUCUUUCACAGAUUUCUGCUUCCGAACCUGAUCAUGGAAACGACUCCUUCUGAGGGGGAGAAAGCUGCACUCUCUGUAGCGAUGCGGGCGAAGAUUGAACGGAAUCGCCAGCGGGCCCUGAUGCUGAGGCAGGCUAGGCUGGCUACAAGGCCCUACCCUUCUCCUGGCGAAGGCAGUUCUAAAGUUAAAGCACCUCCAAAGAUAAUAGAUACAGGGGGAGGAUUCUUUCUGGAAGAAGAGGAAGAUGAAGAGGAACGCAUUGCUGAGAACAUCGUGCAUCUCCCUGGGCCUGUAUUAGAAUUCGAUUACCUUAUUUGUGAAGAAUGUGGUAAAGAAUUCAUGGACUCCUACCUUAUGAACCACUUUGAUCUAGCAACAUGUGAUAAUUGCAGGGAUGUUGGAGACAAGCAUAAACUCAUAACAAGAACUGAAGCAAAGCAAGAGUAUCUUCUGAAAGACUGCGAUUUAGACAAGAGAGAGCCCGUGCUGAGAUUUAUCUUGAAGAAAAACCCGCACAAUUCACAGUGGGGUGACAUGAAGCUUUACUUAAGGCUACAGGUAAUCAAGCGUUCUCUUGAAAUCUGGGGUAGUGAAGAAGGGUUGGAAGAAGCUAAGGAAAGCCGCCAAGACAACAGAGAGAAGAUGAAACAGAAAAAGUUUGACAAAAAAGUUAAAGAAUUGCGGCGAGCUGUAAGGAGCAGUGUUUGGAAAAAAGACACAAGUAUCCAUCAACAUGAUUAUGGAGCUGAAGAAAUGCUAGACGAUGACCUCUACAAAAAGACUUGCACCACCUGUGGCCAUGAACUGACCUAUGAAAAAAUGUAGUAUGUCCUUGGUUUUACAUUAAAUACACCUUUUGUAAUGUUAAAUGUUUGUAUUCAAUAAAAUGAAGCGCAUUACUUGCUCCAUGAUUUUUCGCACACGCCAUAACCUUUGGCCACAAAUUAUAUGCUAUGCUGAAAAUCUGAUUUUAUGACUAAUAACAGAUUUUUUUUUAAUAAAAAUUGCAAGUCUUGAAUAAUUAAAA